CCGCGAAAGUCCGUUCUUGAAACAGCUAUAAGUGGUGGUGAAUCAGAUAAGUGCCCAGUAGUUCUCCAUCCACUGUGUAUCAGAUAAAGUUCGCCUCUUCCUUCACUUCGCUCGGGUUCUGUAAUGGACAAACCGAAAAUCGCUGAUGUCGAUUCGGAGGACAAACGGAAGCUCGACUUUAGUGACACGAGUCAUCUCGACAGCAGUUCAAGUGAUGCUGCCCCCCUUGAGGGUAGCAUUGAUCUAGCUGCGGCUCGACGAGCCCGUACUAAAAUCGACCUUAUUGUUCUUACGACGUCGACCAUUGUUUUGUUCCUGAAUUUCCUCGAUAAAACGAACAUAGGGAAUGCUGCAAAGGCGGGACUUUUAAAAGAUCUUCACAUGUCUUCGUAUAGACUUUCCGUCGUUCUGAGCCUCUUCUUCAUACCAUAUUUACUCGUAGAGCUAAUUUCCAACUUUUUGUUCAAGAGGAUUGGUGCCCAUAUAUUUAUACCUGGCCUCGUGGUCGCAUGGGGCAUAGUAGAGACAUCCCAAGGUUUCGUCACAUCCUAUCAUGGAUUACUCAUUUGCCGUCUGUUCCUAGGACUGACUGAAGGGCCCCUGGUUCCGGCGCUCCUCCUAUAUCUGUCGGAGCUUUACAAACGGCACGAGUUGCAAAAACGAAUAGCUAUGUUGACAUUUUCUGGGCUUUUGGCUUACGCUAUCGUUCAUAUUGACGGUAAAGCUGGUAGACCGAGCUGGAGUUGGAUCUUCUUCCUAGAGGGGAUCUUUACCGUCAUAUUUGGUGUCACUUCGUACUUUUGGCUACCGGAGGAUAUUGCGAGUGCCACCUUCAUGACAGAGAAAGAACAAUCCGCAUACAUAAAUGCAAUUCAAGAAGACACUGCCCUCGACAGAGUCGACGAUGCAUUCCAGUUUUCGAUCGUAUGGUCGUCUCUCACGACGCCACAUGUUGUACUCCUAGGUACUGCCGGAUUCUUUGCUGGUACGUUGAGUUUGUUCUCCCGUACUGCGCUACUGCUUUGUCACAAGUAUCCCCCAGGUUACCUCUCCAAUGGACUGGGAUAUUUCAUCCCAACUGUAGUGGGGAGCCUAGGUUACUCGCCCACCGAAACCCAGCUAUAUGGAGUCCCCCCCUUCGCCUGCGCGUUUGUCUUGAGCAUGAUGGCCGCCUACUUCAGUGACAAAUAUCGUUGCAGAGGGCUAAUUGCCCUUGGCGCAAGCUUCACCGCUCUUGCAGGUUACAUCGUGAUGUAUUAUAGCACCAAUGUCCACGUGAGGUAUGGCUCGAUAUUCGCCCAAACGAUUGGCACGUCCAUCAUUUCUCCUUGCGCACUUACGUUGAUCGCGAACAACGUCUAUCCUCACUAUCGUCGUGCCACAGCUAUCGCAUUUGGAAUCGUCAAUAGCAGCGCUGGAGGAAUUUUGGCGAUGUGGAUGUAUCACGAUGCCCCUCGGUUCCAUAAAACGACGAAGCUUAAUAUUAGCUGCACUAUUGUGUUCAUCCUACACAUGUGCCUGAUACUUGGCUAUCUUUAUUACAAGAACUUGCAGAAGGCCAAAGAGCGCGGGCUAUACAAUAACAUUCCAGACGAUAACGUUGAAGAGAAGCGGAGGCUGGGUGAUGGACACCGAGACUUCAUAUACACUCUUUGAUCUAGGUCUGGUUCGGGAAAUCAACGUUCUCACACGCGUGUAGUUUUACAGUUGUAAUCAGUGACUUGUAAAGGAGUGCCUUAAGCCUGGAAGUAUGCUUUGGGAAAUACGGAGGCUCAAUGAUGGUGAAAAUCGA